CUCUCCUCUACUCUCCUCAAACCUGCGAGCAGCCACCCGGACAGAGAACGCAACAGGUCUAAUCUUGGAUAGUCUCAAACAAGCUUUUUUGACAUAGAAUUCAAAUGACUGUUGCUGAAAUUAAUUUUAUAAUCUUAAAAUUAUUAUUUUGACAAAAAGUAGAGCAACUGUAAGAAAAGAUGAUUAGAAUAGCAAUGGAACACGUAAAGAAGCAUCCAGGGCUCAUCCCCCAGUUCUUCUUCAUCUUGUUGGGAAUGGGAGGAGCCUCCUUGUAUUUGGUCCGUCUUGCAAAGGGGCCCCAUGUCACCUGGAACAAGAAGAACAACCCUGAGCCGUGGAAUCAGCUUGACCCUACCUACCAGUACAAGUUUGUGGCCAUCGAUACUGACUACAAGAACCUGAAGAAGGAGGGACCUCAAUUCUGACUAUCUUCCCUCUAUCCUAACGGCACCAAGUCCAGCCCGAAGAACGUCACUGAAGAAUUCAAAUCUGAGAAGAAUUUGUCUCUCAACGCUUCUAAUGUAUACAAAUAUUGGGAGAUUGAUCCAUAAUGUUGAUGAUCAAAUCUAUACAUUUGUCUGUUUGUUUUAUCAUAAACACUUCAUUGUUAUUUUGACAGACGCUAAAUUUAACAAUGAAUGUGCGCAUUAUGAAAAGAGGCAGGAGUGUGCAUAGAUUUGUUCACCAAAUUACAGCGAACAAAAAUAUAAAAAUGCAACAUGCAACAAUUUAAAAAAUGUUACUGAUCAUAUAAGGAAAUCAGUCAUUAGAAAAAAAUGUACCUGGCCUUUUGGAUUCUAUCUUGAAAUAAACUUAUUCAUGUUA